AGCAGGUGGAGAGUGAGGCUCUGAGGCUGUCAGACGGUGAGACGGUGAGGCUGAUCAGAGCCUGGAGCAGGACAAACAAACAAUUAAGACAAUGGUUUAUGCAAAGGCUGUUUGGCUUGAGGGUGACAAACAGUUUGAAGGUGUCAUCCCAAAAAACUGGAUACAGGAAGAAAAAAAUGUUGUUCGAUGGCCAAAGAAAAGUGUGCAUUCAGCCCAUAAAAAAAAGAUGGACCCAGAGGUUGACUGGAAAACGUUCCCACUGGUGAAAAUAAAGACAAUAUCAGACAAUGAGAAAGAUUGUGAAGAUUAUAACUACACUUCAUCAGCCCAAACUGACCAUGAAGGUUCCACCAUUGUGCCAGAAGAAAACAGGAAGCGACACGUUAAGAAGAGGACAUAUGAUGAUUUUGUUGAUGGACAAUCAGAAGAUGAUGUCUCAGUGGCUGUGAAAAAGACAAAUAAUACAGAUUUGCACGCAUAUCCAAAGCCUCCUGAAAUCCAGAAGAACAAAGCUUCUGCUACUAUUGAUCAAAACACUCCUAUGGAAUCCACCAUGGAUAAUGACGAGUUGACCUGGAGUAGACAGCUGCCAAAUUCAUCCUCAGAGGACGCUGAAAGUGAACAUGACAUUGGACAUGAGCAGUCAAAUUCUAGGAGGGAGCGUUCCAACUGCUCCAGUCAACGCUCAAGUUAUGGAAGUGAUGGAGGGCGCUCCACUUCUCUGGGCUCACCUCCUGGACAUUCCUUUCCCAGAAGUGGGCCGUUAAGCUUGAGGGAGCGCUCCAACUCCCCUGAUCGCGAGUCAAGUCAUGGAAGUGAUGUAGGAUGCUCCUCUUGUCAUUCUCAAUCAGCAGUGGGCUCAACUCCCAGAUGUUCAUCUUCAAGAUAUGGGCCGUCGAGCUCUAGAAGGGAGCAUCACACAUCUUCCAAUCGCCGAACAAGUCAUGGAAGUGCUAAACAUGCCAACCCACGACACUCAACAUCAGGACAUGAAACGCCAAGAGCUCCAACUGACAACAGCGUGGAUAUAUUUCCAAUGCCCACGGCCAAAUUCCAGAAAUGUGUUCUCAAGAAGCUUGUGGAGCUGACAGAGGAGGUAAAGCACAUUGGGUGUGCAGAACCCAGUGCUUCAACUUACCAUGUUCGAAGAAUGGAGAACAUGGAGCAAGUUGAUAAGUUGGAGGAUGAACUUCAAAAUAAUGAAGCAAGAGAUCUUCUGAUUUCCCAGUUAAGUAGGGUUGGAGGUAAAAACACGAGGGACUGCACAACAAAGAUUUUGGACAGCUGCUGUCAAAAAGUGGGACAGCAAAGCCACAGACCACGAAAUUAAACAUGGAAUGGCAGAACAUUUCAAACAUGCUCCUGGGCGGUCUGGUGGUGGAGGCUAUGUUCAAAGAAACAAAGCAGGUGUGUCCACAAUAAGUGAAGGAGUCCAAAAAACUGGAAGUCAGCUAAA